CUCGAGAUAAAUCUAUAAUUGCACCUUUUUCCCCACGCACAAACUAGACACUUUACAUAGACCCAAUACACAUCUUCCGCACCAACAAAAUGUCUCUCGGGCGUACCUUCAAGCUCAACUCCGGCUACGAGAUCCCCGCCGUGGGACUGGGUACCUGGCUGUCCAAACCUCAUGAGGUCGAAAACGCAGUCGAAGUGGCUCUGCGAACAGGAUACCGCCAUAUCGACGGUGCCCCUGUCUACCGGAAUGAGAAUGAGGUCGGGAGGGGCUGGAAGAAAUCGGGCGUGCCUCGAGAGCAGAUCUUCUUGACUAGCAAGCUCUGGAACACGCAUCAUCGCCCCGAGCAUGUGGAGGCGCAACUCGACAAGACCCUGCAAGACCUCCAAACCGAUUAUCUGGAUCUCUACCUAAUCCAUUGGCCAGUGGCUUUCGAGUAUGCGGGGGAAGAGCUGAAGCCUGUGGAUCCGGUUACCAAACGGUUCAAGUUGGCCAACGUCCCUAUCGGAGAUACUUGGAAGGCCAUGGAGAAGCUUGUCCAGUCAGGCAAGGUCCGCAGUAUCGGAGUGAGCAACUUCACCCAGGAACAUCUCGAGGAGCUCCUCCAGACCGCGGAGAUCCCGCCCGCUGCCAACCAGAUCGAGGCGCAUCCCUAUCUUUUACAGCCGGAAUUGAUUCAGUAUCUCAAGGACAAGAAUAUCCUACCUAUCGCAUAUAGCCCUCUUGGCAACAACCUUGCUGGUCUCCCGCGUGUCAUCGAUGACCCUUUCAUCAAAGAGCUAGCCAGGUCGCUGAACCAAGACCCCGCCACAUUGCUGAUCUCUUGGGCCGUGCAACGUGGAACAGCCGUGCUAUCUAAGAGCGUGACACCAUCUCGGAUUGAGAGCAACUUCCAAGAUGUCAUCCUUCCCGAUCACAUCUUCGAGACUCUAAACAGACUGGAUCGCCACCUGCGGUACGGAUUUCCGUUCCAGUGGGGUUUGGAUGUCUUCAAGGAGGCGGGUGCAGAGGAGACCGAGAGGCGAGCGGAGGAGUUUGCUGCGAAGCAACGACAGCAGUCAUGAGCGUCACCCCCAGGUUUUGUGCGUGGAGAUGUGUGAUAUAUGUAGUGGCCCAUAGCUCAUGAUGGCACAUAUUUAUCAAGAGACGAAUCUACGUGUAACAACUCAAUUCACCCUCACUCCGCUUCUCAACAGAUGAGUUGUCCCCAAGAUAGAUAAAAG